AUGAGGGCCACAGCCCGACGGCUGCUGAAAUGCGCACCUCUGGGAGCACCACUGGCUGUUCCACUAGCUGGUCUGGUCGGCCCUGAUGCAGACCGGUCAGUCCGCCACCCGGAGAAGCCCGUGCAGCUCAGAAGUUUCCCACAGGUUCGCUGCAGCACGACCGGCGAACGUGAGUUUGCCUACAUCCAUGAGCACAACUUCGAUGACAGAAUGUGGUCGAUAGCUGGCAAGGUGGAUUUUCUAGGCCUUAUGGAGGAAGGCAGCUACCUCUUCAAGCACGUGCCCAGCGAUGUGAUUCACAGGCUUUCAUUCGGACAAAAAGUCUUCGCACGCAAGGGCACCGUGCUGAUAGAAGAGGGUUCGGAGAACAGCGCCCUUUUCGUUGUAGGUUACGGCAAUCUUGCCAUUUCCGUCCACGGUGAGGAGAUCGCGACGGUUGGACCGGGACAGGUGAUCGGAUUGUACACCAUGCUGAAAGGCACAAUGGCAAGUGCAAGCGUCAUUGUCUCGUCAGAGCUGGCGUACAUCCUGGAGCUUCGCCACAGUCACUUUAUGGCUUGCCUUGAUGACAAUCCAGAUGUGAAGAACCGCAUGCAAGUGCUGCUGGAGCAGCGAGAAGCACAGAACAAGGCGGCGGAAAUGAUCAGCAAAAAGACAGUGAGGGAAGUCUGA